AUGAUCUCCCUCGUAGCAUUCGACCUCGACGGCACGCUCGCCGAGAGCAAGCAGCCCCUCAAAGACGACAUGGCCGAAGCCAUCGCCGACCUCCUCCUCGUCUCCCACGUCGCAGUCAUCUCCGGCGGCGACUGGCCCCAGUUCCAGAAACAAGUCGCCAGCCGCCUGCCUCCCCGCGCCGACCUCUCCAAGCUCUGGCUCAUGCCCACCACGGGCACCAAGCUCUACACCCACAAGACGGGCGAGUGGCGCCGCGAGUACGCCGAGCUCUUCAGCGACGACGCCAAAGCCAAGAUCCUCGCCGCCUUCGACGCGGCCCUCCUGGCGACGGGGUUCAAGCCCGAGCAGACGUGGGGGGAGCGCAUCGAGGACCGCGGGAGCCAGAUCACCUUCUCCGCGCUGGGACAGCAGGCGCCCGUGGCCGAGAAGGAGGUCUGGGACCCGGACUUCGCGAAGCGGAGGGUCAUACAGGCCGACCUGCGCACGCGGCUUCCCGGGCUGUCGAUCAACCUGGGCGGCGCGACGUCGAUUGACAUCACGCAGGAGGGGGUCGACAAGGGGUACGGGCUCAAGAGGCUGCGGGACGCGAGCGGGAUACCGCUUGAGGAGAUGAUGUUUAUCGGGGAUGCCAUCUUCCCCGGGGGCAAUGACUAUCCCGCCAAGGAGAUUGGGUUGGACACGGUGCGUGUCAAGGACCCUGAUGGGACGUUGGCGGCCAUUGCUGCCAUUGUGGCCUGCCUCAAGAAGUAA